AUGUACCUUAAUAGCAACAUUUUUCGACCCGGGGGCCCGGGGGAGAGCUUUUUAAGAUUUGUGGUUCGGGCCGUAGAUUGCCCUUCCCUGACAUAUUGUAUUAAAAAAUUCUUCUUCAUCCUCGUUAUUGUACCACCAGCAACCGUUGCGAAAAACAGUUCCCUGCUGUCGUCUGAUCUGACGCUGAUCAUUUUACAUAUUGCCUUAAGAAAUUUAAGGGUGUUGGGGUCCAUCGGGCCGAGAACCUCGAUACAUAUUGGCAAGAAUUCCAUCGAGGGGAGGGCAUUCCCAUAUUUUUUUCAUUUUCUCGUCCGCUGCCCUGGCCGCGGCCAAACCGCAUCCUUUACUUGUCAGGUUUACAUAUCGUUUGGCAAGGGUGCCAGGGACCGUAACAUCCCACGCCAAACAUCUACCGGCUUUCUAAGCAUCAUUAUGAGGCAACAUUUUAUUGCUAGUAAUAUCCUAAUUCGUGAAAUUCAAGAAGCCACCUUCAUCAUCGUCAUCGUCGUCGCUAUCGAACCGUUGAACUCUUAUGCGUGGGUGUACGAAUGA